CGUGCUCCACUCCAUGCCCGUCUUUAAUUCCCCCUAAAGCCCCCCAGCUGCCCUCCUGCCUCCGCACUCCGCGCGACAGACCGCGAGCCGUUCGGGCUGAUUAAUAAUUCACCGGUUAGCAGCGCUCGCUUUCCUCUCUGUUUCUUUUAUUCUGGCCCCCGAGCUCUCACUCACACCGACUGCAGCUCAGCGCCGCGCGCCUCGCCGAGCCCGCCGCUUCUCCGUUCGCACUCGUUUUUGUUUUUACCGUCGACCCGAGUCCAACCGGUGAAGGAGAAAGAGUGAGAGACAGAGAGAGAGAGAGAGAGAGAGAGAGGGGGAGAGACUGAGAGAGGGAGAAGGGAUGGAGACGAAGCGCCAGACCGCCUGAAGGUCCUCGGAGAGAAGCAGAAAAGUUGGUUCUCCGCGCUCGCGGGCGCCGAGCUGAGCCGUCAGCGGGAAACACUUACCUCAGAGCGGACUGAGAGACGAGCGAGGGCCGGUACUCUCUCUCUCUCCCACACACACACACACACACACACACACACACACACACACUUUCACACAGUGAAGGGGGCCGCGAGCUGCCCCGCCGGCUCGGACAGAGUUUCUCUCCAGCAGCGCUUCCCAUCCGGAGAACGGAUACACACGUUAAACUGACAUUUUCUGAUAAAAAAGGCGAAAAAAUGCUCGUCGUCUCGCGAUAAAAAAAAGAAAAAAAAAGCUGCUUUUGGUUUCCGAUAAAGGCGAAGAACGAGAAGUGAGCGCGCGCUGCCUCUCCUCCACUUCUCUGUGUGUGUGUGUUUUUUUUUUUCGGGGGUAAACUUUUUUUCGGAAGGAGGAAAAUGGGUCUUUGAGGCUGUUGGCAGGCUCUCUUCCCCGCUCCACAAUGGCCACCGAAACCUUUCUGGUGAACGAAGACCCGACCAGAGGUCCUGGGAUGCCAGAAUGCUUUGUAGUGUCUGAUUCCUACAGGGAUGAGUUUCAUCCCUUCAUUGAGGCGCUGCUGCCGCACGUGCGCGCCUUCUCCUACACCUGGUUCAACCUGCAGGCCCGCAAGCGCAAAUACUUCAAGAAGCACGAGAAGCGCAUGUCCAAGGAUGAGGAGCGCGCCGUCAAAGAUGAGCUGCUGGGCGAGAAGCCUGAGAUCAAACAGAAGUGGGCGUCGCGCCUGCUGGCCAAGCUGCGCAAGGACAUCCGGCCUGAGUUCCGCGAGGACUUUGUGCUCACCAUCACGGGCAAGAAGCCACCGUGCUGCGUGCUGUCCAACCCAGACCAGAAGGGCAAGAUCCGGCGCAUCGACUGCCUGCGGCAGGCCGACAAGGUGUGGCGGCUGGACCUGGUGAUGGUCAUCCUGUUCAAGGGCAGCCCGCUGGAGAGCACGGACGGUGAGCGGCUUGUCAAGUCGCCACAGUGCACCAACCACGGUCUCUGUGUGCAGCCUCACCACAUUGGGGUGUCCGUCAAGGAGCUGGACCUGUACCUGGCCUACUUCGUCCACUUGCCAGAAUCUGGACAAUCAGACAACUCCAACCAGCAAGGAGAUGCAGACGUCAAGCCGCCGCCCAAUGGGCACUUGAGUUUCCAGGACUGCUUUGUGACUUCAGGCGUGUGGAACGUGGCUGAGCUGGUCCGCGUGUCACAGACUCCAGUUGCCACAGCUACUGGCCCCAACUUCUCCCUGGCCGACCUGGACAGUCCUGGAUAUUACAACAUCAACCUGGGCCGCCGUUCCAUCACAUCGACCCCAUCAACCAGGACUGAAAUGGAGCUGUAUGGCAGUCUCCCACGGAGCUCAAACAAGCGUAAGUCCAUUGAUGACAGUGAGAUGGAGAGCCCAGUGGAUGACGUUUUCUACUCGGGCCGUUCCCCUGCGCCUGGUGGCUCUCAGCCCAGUGGCUGGCCCAACGACGUGGACGCAGUGCAGCACCAUUUGGCCAGUAUGCAGGAGAGGAAGAUUAAACAUGAGAGCGAUGGCGUGCAGUUUCCUUACCAUGGACUCUCGUCGCCUGGUUCUCUUAAGAAGCCGGGGAAAUUCGAUUUCAGCGCUCUGUCCGGCCAGACGAGGUCUGCCCGCAUGCCGUUCACCCACCACCCACUGCCCAUGCUGGCAGGAGUGAGACCAGGGAGCCCCCGUGCCUCAGCCUCCUCUCUGCACUUUCCCUCUCCCUCCAUCAUCCAGCAGUCCAGCCCAUACUUCACCCAUCCCACCAUUCGCUACCACCACCACCCUGGGCAGGACCCCCUCAAGGAGUUUGUGCAGUUUGUGUGUGCUGACGGAUCGGGCCAGGCUGGCGGCCAGCCUAACGGGAGCGGCCAGAGCAAAAUGCCCGGCUCCUUCUUACUGCCUCCGCCCCCCCCUGUGGCGCGUCCAGUGCCCCUCCCCAUGCCCGACUCUAAACCCAGCAGCACGCCCCUCGAUGGCGGACUCACCUCGCCCGCAUCUCCGUCAUACUCCACGCCAGGCCCCACAGCUCCCAACAGGUUUGUCAGCAUCGGAUCACGGGACAACAACUUUCUAAACAUCCCCCAGCAGACACAGUCUUGGUUCCUCUGACAAAACCUGCCUGCCAACAAGCAAUUAAAAUCCCAUCACUACAAUCUGGAAUCAUAAAACAGGAAAAAAAUCCGCCUGAAAAUGCCCUCCGACCCUUUUGCCCCGACAGAACGACAAAGGAAACCAGGAAAAUCUUGAUAUUAUUUGGAAUCUUCCAAUCUGGUGUAGUUAGCCUUUACAAUGAUGACCCCCUCCCUCCUUUUUGAAAAAAAAAGAACACUAAACACAAAAGGAUCCCAUGACAAGUUGAAGGAGGACAUGCAGUCAUCUCUCGAAAACCACGGAAACAACCGCAACAAAAAAACAGCAACACAAAGGAGCAACUUGAAGAGGACAAACAGAAUCUGUUACUUAGGAACAAGGAUAUAAUGUGCAAUGGCUGGGGACAUCAACAAUGGUGAGGUUUUAGUAAAAAAAAAUAAAUAAAAGGAAAAAAAAAGAAAACAAAAAGCAUGGUUUUAGUAACUAACGGGACGUCAAAUUAUUGAGACGCUAAAUGAACUGACUUCCAGAGCAGAGUUGAAGCUAAAGGUAGCUAAUACUCCCCAUUCUGACAGCAUAUAUAGUCAGAAGACAGUAAAGAAACUGGUCUCUAUUUGCCCAUCCUUUUAACUGCCAACCUAACAAUAACUUCAAAAAGCAACUAAGUAAAAGCUAAAGUAUUGCACUACAAAAAGGCGGAAAAUAAAACACUACUCUUGUGCACUAUUGAAAAUGGGAAAGGUGGAGAUAAAAAAAAUUGCACAUCUAUUGCGGUAAAACAGGAAAGUGGACGUCACACACUACAGCUAGUCAGAUGCAAGUCCACAUUCGUAGGGCAUUCUCUUUAUAUGUCCGUGUAGGGAAACACGCAUUGUUGCCCCACACUUUGAUCUGGACAAAAACUACCUAUAGAAUCGGUCCAAUGAAAAACAGUCAAAUUCAGGCCUUCUAUUCGCCCUUAGUGCCAACUGAAUACCAACACUACUCCUAUUGGGUGAAUGCCAAUCCCAACACACAAACACACCGCAUACACUCGCAUUCACUGCCGUGACUCUGAGCUGAUGCUUUGAACUUGUCACAGUGGGGGGAAAAAAAGUCGACUAUUUUGCUUCUUUACCCUGCCGAACAUUCCAAAUCAGAUGUCCUUACUAUGCCUUUUUGUCUCUUGAGACAUUCUACGACAACUCGUACGAAGCUCCUUGUGUUAUUGUUAUAAUGAGGCGUCUUCAAAGUCCUAAGGAAUUUUAACAGCUGGCAGAGACAGCCCAGAGACACCCUUUCCUCUCUGUCUUGAGUUUACUGUUUACUCUCCCAGACGGCCGUGUUCCAAGAACACGAGGCCAUGCUGCGGAGCAAAAGAAUGUCGGACAUAUCGUAGUUAUGCACAGGGGGAGCGGGGUAUCUGGGGGAAAUUUUGAUCAGACAGGGCUCAACCCACGUUAAAAAUUCAGCCACGUUUCGGGAAGGCUAACAGCUCAGAGCACGGCCUCAGACACACACGCACACGACACCUUCCGCUGAUUGACUAUAAAGGGAAGCCUUGAUUUUAAAUAGGGCAAUCUUAAUCAGCCUUUAGAUAUUCAUUCUGGAAUUGCCAUAAAUGACCUUGAUUUAAAAGCAUUAAUUCCAUCAGUCAGCUCUAAUCAAUGACCUCAAAAAAUAACUGGACUGCCUGACCAUGUAUCUCACUGCAGGGAAGCAUUGUUGCCGGAAGGUGGCCAUGUCAUCAGCUUGGUAGAGGAACUAGCAUUGCUAAAUGAGAAUUAUGAUGGCAAUGGUCUUUUCUUUUCUAAUCAAUGGAAGUGCCUCUGUAUUCCCAUUAUGCAAUUUGUUCAACAUGAAUUCAGGUUAUUUUCUCACAUAUAAGCUAUAGAGGAGGGAGAAAUUUUUAUGUCUGGAGCAAAACAAGUGACGGCUCACUAAUCACAGACAUCUUUAUAUAUACAGGAGAUAUCCAUAUAUAUUUAUAUAUACAUUUUUUUUGUUUUGCGUAAUAAGCUCAGUGGCAGUCUAGUUAUUUUCUGAAGUAUGGCAGAGUCAUGAGUCAUCUUAACAAAUUAGUCAUUUGUUCAGAAGUACCAGUCCCAAUACCCAGUUAUAUACUCACCACAAGAAAAGUCCAACAAGAAAAGUCCGUGAAAAAAAAGCUAUAUAAAUUGCAUUUCUAUAGGAAACAGUAGCAGUAGUGUUGAGGAGAAAGAUACGGCUUUUGAUUUCUUUUGUGUUUGGAUGGGAAGUAUUUGUAAUUGAAAAAAAAAAUGUAUGUUGAUUGAGCCAUGUGCAAUGCCUUGGGUAGAAAAUGUGUUUGUCUGUUAGAUUGUUAGAGGGUGUAAAAGAAGAGGGGAGAAAAAAAAAAUCCUUCUAUUAUCGUUUCAAGUCCAAAAGGUCCGGGACUCUAAACUACAGGGCGGAGAGAAAAAAAAAAAAAGAAGUCUUUGUAAGUUUUGGGAAUUGUUUUUUAAUCUUUCCUUUUAUUUUUUGCUUUUUUUUUUAAUGUUUAUUUGUAAUAAUUUGUUCUCAAAACUUGGGAGGGCUGAAGAAACAGUUUUGCAACACAUCAAAAUAUAUAUCACUAAAUGAAACUGGUGCUUUUUAUGGAAUAAAGUACAUUCAGACUCUAUUAUACAUAAAUAAGAAAGAAAAACAAGUGUUAUCAUAAAGCAAAUUUUAGGAAAAAAAAAAAACAUGCAUUACUCUAUUUCUUGUUUUGUAUUUACUAAAGGGGGAGGGGUUCAUUUUAGUCGAGGUUGUGACAAAAGGCAUUUUUCUCCCAACCUUUUCUUAUAGAGGGUGGAUCAAAUCUCCGCUGUCAACAAACACAUAAAGUGAUGAAAAGCAAACGCUUGACCUGAAAAAUGUGUCCGUUUUCCAAUGCUUACAGUAACGCUGAAACAGCAGAAAUUUACAUUUGGCAGCUGCCUUUGGUUUGGGUGGCCCAGUGUCACAUGAAUUACAAACCAUGACAGUUCCUAGUCAGUUUUGUUGAAGACAUUAUCCCGCUCAAAGCUAGUGCUUUGUUGGCUUUUGUAUAUAGAAUUUUUCAACCAUUUUCAAACUCAAUGACAAGAUCUUCCCUUUUCCUGGGAGAUGCAGCAAAAUAGCUCGAACGCCCUCGAAACCAGCAGAACUAAGCGCGAAUAAACGUGUGAGAAUGUGGAGACGUGACGUGAACUCUUUAAUGGUAGCUAUAGUUGAUUAGUAGACUCCCGUCUCAUGCCAAGCACUGGUGGAAACCAAUCGGAUCGAUAUUUCGAUAGCUGAAAAUGUUUUGAGUUACAAAGUGAACCCCACCCCCUCUCCCCCAGCAACACCCCCCCCCCCUCCUGGUCCCCACUGUAAAUUACUCUAAAUAUUUGUUUCGUGAUGUAGUGUUAGACUCAGAGCAUCUUAAAGGUUGUCCCUAAAAAGUGCCUUUUGUUCACAGACUCCAUCUUGUAAUCCUGAGUGCCCGUCUCAGAAAAGCCCCCCCUCCAACCCGCUCUUAUAUUCUCUCCUUCUUCGAGCUCUUCGAAGCAGUAUAUAUAGUACUAAAGGAAAUUGGUGUGACUUAGUUCCUCUUUUUAUUGUUGAUAAUUAAGAAAAAUGAAAAAAAAACGACAAAAAAAGUCCUUUCUGUCUUGCUUUUCCUUCCUCUGUACUCUUCUGCCUCUCUUGGACACUGGAGUAGUCUGUAGUCGCAUAACCAUCUCCUUCCCCCCACCCCAUUUUCACUGAAUGGAGGGGUUUUUAAAAAAAAAUGCAAAAACUUUUGUCUGAGCAGAAUGCAGUUAGCUCACAUGUUAUUCUUGUCUGUAUGCUUCACAUUGUAUACCAUACCGAUCUCUUCAGCUUCUCCAUUGAACAGUUAAUGUAAGUGAACAAGUUACGCCAGUGGGCUCUGGCGGGAUGUCCAAUCGAAGGGUGGAUGAGGGAGAAAGGAUUCCAGCACAGUGGAGGAAGAAACUGGUUGACAUCGGAACGGGUGGAGGGAACGAAUUUGGCUGCUGGGAUAGAUUAGGUUUGUAACUCUUGUUUUGAUUCUAUUUAUUUUCUUUUUCUUUUUUACCAAAUUUGGUGUCGUUUUUAUCUUUGUCAAUAUUGCGUAUUUAGGCAGCAAAGAUGCCGUGUUGAGAAUUUACAUGGAUGAUGCACCUUUUUAGUGGUUGUACGAGACCAGCUAUUUAAACACCUGAGGGGGGAAAAAAUACCUGAAAUGACUAAGCACCUUAUAACGGAAUGGUUCAGCCAAGGGCGAGGCACGGACUCAGAGGUAAAAGAAUACGGAAAUCCCGACCAAAACCCCAGUGUCAUCUACGAUUAUGAGCCAAGCCCUCAGACCAAAGUGAUGCGGUCCUAAAUGCUGCACGCCACAGGACCUGGACUGUAGUGACAAUUAAAGACGCCUUGAAACUCCACCAGCAAAAUCAACCUCAGGCUUAAGUGUUUCAGCCUGCUUGUUUCCCACAUAAAUAUGCAAACCUUUACUUUUCCUGAGUACAUGAAGCCAGCAGCAGUAUCAGCCACGAUAAAGAGAGAUGGGAGUAUGUGAAAGCCAUAGUGUUGUGCAAAGAAAUCUCACAGAGCCCUGUCUCUCCCUGGCACUGACCAUCCGUGUUUUAAAUUUCUUUCUUUCCUAUUUCCUUUUGAGUUUGUUUGUUUUUAAAGUGUGUAGGGCAUUGGGAUGCGUUUAGAAGUAGAUCGAUUCCCCAGCAGCCUUUAGCCCAGCCCCUAGCUUCCUCACUUACCCUAAAAGCAGCUGCCCUCUUUCUAGACACACCCUCCAGAGCUCAUGGUGAAAUGCAUGUGUUAAUUACAAUUUCUUUUCCAUAAUAAGAAAAACAGUUUGAAAAGAGCAGAACCUUUAACUGAUUGAAUAAAAGGAUGUUCUUGACUGUAAAA